CUCACUGGGCAUUUUUCGGUGCAGAAAAUCGUCAUGCCGAACUAAAUCUGGGGUGUCUAGAGCGAGCGGGACUUGGUUUGAAAAUGCCAAGAUUUCGCUCCCCCAUAUUUUUCACAUCAUGUAUGGGUAUGCACAUCACUGGUCGAAUGCCAUGACGAGAGAAGAAAAUUUCGUCGAGGGCUCCUGCUUGUCUAACGAAACAAUAACUGACUGGUACAGUUAUUGCCGUGAGGCUGUUGUAACAUAUCAGGUUGACAAGCAGGAGUCCAAAGGAAAAAUAGGAGGACCGGGCAAAAUCGUGCAAAUAGACGAAAGCAAAUUCGGCAAAAGAAAAUAUAAUAAAGGGAGAAGAGUGGAAGGCUAUUGGGUUCUCGGUAUGAUAGAGAACGGCAGCGAAGAUUUAAGGCUGGAGGUAUGUCCGGACAACGUGCGUUCGGCGGAGGUGCUCAUACCUUUGAUUAAAAAGCAUGUUGCGGAUUACUGGAAAGCAUACGACUGCCUUCGCGAUCAUGGGUAUGAGCACCUAAAAGUAAACCACAGCGACCCGGACAAUCCGUUUGUGACGAGCGAUGAGCCAACUGGGCCGACAACAGUUCGAACAACUGUGACGACGACGCCACCAGAGAAAUUUCAUUUGGGUACAGAAAAGAUGAAUUGGUAUGGCACAAAUGUAUACUGCCAACGUAACAAUUGGAAACUUUUGGUUUUGGACUCAGCAGAAAUCCAGAAAGAAUUUGAGGAUUUUAUUAAACGAAAAAAUUUGCAAAACCUUAACUAUUGGACAGCCGGCAAUCAAUUAGUAGAUAUGAAAACAUGGCAUUGGGACUUAGACGGGCCGGCAUUCAAUUAUACUCAUUGGGCAAAAGGUCAACCAGAUAAUUAUAAAGGCAGCCAGCAUUGCUUGCAAUUAUUUGCGAAUAGUUUACAAUGGGACGACUGCAAUUGUGAAAUCCACAUGAAUUUUGCAUGCUUGAAAUAUUAA